UAAUAAGUGAGCAUGGUUAGCAAACCAACUGGCAGGAUGUAUGUCUUCAAAAGAGGUGGACGUAAAGAGGAAGUCCACUUGGACAAAAUUACUUCUCGUAUUCAAAAACUCUGCUAUGGUCUCAAUAUGGAUGUGGUAGAUCCGGUAUCCAUUACAUUGAAAGUGGUAAAUGGAGUAUACUCAGGAGUAACCACUACAGAACUGGAUACUUUGGCAGCUGAAACAGCCAUCACAAAAAGUGGAGAACAUCCUGAUUAUGCUACUCUAGCAGCUCGCAUUGCCAUCUCCAAUUUGCACAAAGAAACCAAGAAACAAUUUACUGAAGUAAUAGACGAUCUCUACGACCCAGACAAUGAGGAACAACUUCCAGCAAUAUCAGAAGACAUCUACCAGAUAAUCACCCAACACACUGACCGCCUGAACGCGUGCAUCAUUUACGACAGAGACUUCUCUUACAGCUACUUCGGCUUCAAAAUCCUGGAACAAUCUUUCCUCAAAAGAAUCAACGGAAAAGUAGUCGAACGCCCACAACACAUGCUCAUGCGUAUCGCGAUCAACAUUCAUCGAGACGACAUCGACUCGGUUAUAGCUACUUACAAUUUAUUAUCCGAGAGGUAUUACAUGCACACGACGCAUACUUUGUUCUCUGCUGCCUCGCCCAAAGCGCAACUUUGCUCGAGCUUCCUCAUGAUGAUGCCAGAUGACAGCAUAGAUGGCAUCUUCAAGUGCGUCACCAAUUGUGGUAUCAUCUCCAAACAUGGGGGUAGCAUAGGAGUCAACAUACACAACAUCAGAGCCAAGGGUACUUACAUCGCAGGCACCAAUGGGGUGUCUAACGGACUCGUUCCUAUGCUCGGCGUUUUCGAUCACGUAGCGCUCUUCACUAUGGACGUCAGCACGAAGAGUACGGCCAAAUUGUCGAUUUAUCUGGAGCCUUGGCAUGCGGAUACCUUCGAGUUCUUGAAUCUGCGUAAACCCACCGGUAAAGACGAGAUACGGGCGAGAGACCUCUCCUACGCCAUGUGGAUCCCAGAUCUUUUCAUGAAACGGGUGGAGGCCAAUGGGAUUUGGUCGCUAAUGUGUCCACACCAGUGCCCAGGGCUGGCGGACAGCUGGGGCCCCGAAUUCGAAACUUUGUAUGAAAAAUACGAGUCUGAAGGCAAAUUCGUCAGACAGGUACAGGCACAGGACUUGUGGAAAGCCAUGAUAGUGUCGCAAAGCGAAACAGGAGGGCCUAGUAUGUUGUACAAAGAUGCUUGUAACCGGUUGAGCAAUCAGAAGCAUUGCGGAACUGUUAGAGGCGGUAGCUUCGAUGCGGAAGUGGUUGCCUACACUGCUCCCGAAGAAAUAGCGGUGUGCUGUCAAGCUUCCAUAGCUGUCGAUAUGUUCGUAAGUGCUGAUAGAAAGUCGUUUGACUUUGCAUCAUUGAUGAAUGUGACCAAAGUGGUCACUAAAAAUUUGGAUAAAAUGAUCGAUGCAAAUUACUACGUUUUACCAGCGGAAAAAUCGGCGAGCCUGAAGCAUCGACCUAUCGGAAUAGGCAUUCAAGGCUUAGCAGACGCAUUUAUUUUAUUGAAAAUGCCUUUUUCAAGUGAACAAGCAGCGUUAUUGAACAAACAGAUCUUUGAAACCAUCUAUUACGGCGCUCUAGAAGCAAGCUCCGAGCUAGCUGAGGUAAACGGGCAAUAUCCAAGUUACACUGGCAGCCCUGUGAGUGAGGGCAAAUUGCAGUUUGAUAUGUGGGGCAUCGAACCCACAGACCUCUGGAACUGGACGCAAUUACGAGAAAAAAUCAAGACCAAAGGGGUUCGUAACUCCUUGCUGGUAGCGCAACUUUCCACCACAACUGCCUCCCAGAUUUUGGGGGAUAGCGACUCAGUGGAGCCCUACAGGGCCUACGUUACCUCCAUGAAGGUUUCCUCAGGGGAAUUCCAAGUUGUGAAUCAUCACUUGCUCAGAGAUUUGACCGAUAGGGGUUUGUGGGGCGAAUCAAUGAGAAAUGAAAUCAUUGCCAACCAGGGAUCCAUUCAGAAUAUAUCUGAGGUACCGGAUGAUCUUAAAGAAAUCUACAAAACCUCUUGGGAGAUUUCACAGAAGGUUAUUCUCAACAUGGCUGCGGAUAGAGCACCAUUCAUUGAUCAAAGCCAGAACUUGAAUAUCCAUAUUGAGAGGCCAAGUUAUGGGGCGUUAUCUUCUAUGCAUUUCUAUGGGUGGAAAAAAGGUUUGAAAACUGGAAUGGGUCAAUUGAGGGACAAGCCCGUUUUGAAGACUGUCAAUAUGUUGGCUGGAAAAGUUCAAUCUGUUCUCCAAAUACAGAAACAUGGGGAUUCUGAAGAAAUUGACGAAUUAGAGGAAAUUAGGAAAAAGCAAGAGGAAGAAGAAGAUAAAAAUAUGGCUAGUUUGGUUUGUUCAUUAAAAAAUCCAGAAGCAUGUGAAAUGUGUGGCUCUUAGUUCUUUGAGGUAACUACAUAGGUUUAAGGUUGUUGAAAAUCUCAUCCAUCAACUUGAAAAUGAGAGGACAAUAAUGUCUCAAAUUUUUUGAAUGUUUCAUUCAAUAAGGAAGUUGUUUUUAUUUUUCAUCAUUUCAAAUUAUAUUCGUAUUUUUCAUUAGAUUAUACAUAUUGAACCUAAGAAAGAAUAAAUGUGAUAGAAAACUUGUUUAUAACAAUUAUACUGG